CCGAAAUUUUGGGAGCCGCGUUUCUUUGAGCGGAAAGCUUCAAUAUGGGAAACGGUCCGACGACGACGAGGAGGAGCAAGAGGUGAUUGAACAACAACCACCAUUAGCAGUAGCACGGUCUCUGCUCACGUCGCCCCAAGUAGUCGAAGCGACAAGAAGAUAAAGAAGCAGAAAAGCCACGCGACAAGACACGAUGAGCUUACACCUCCCUACAAGGCGGGCUCUUGCAGCCGCCUGUACCGCCCGCCCAAUAUCGAGCCAACAACAGCUCCGCAGCUUCUUUGGCAAGAAAGGCUUGUUCGGCCGUUCUUCUGCCAAGAAUACAGCCGAGAUCGACAGUAAAACCAUCCAGGACGCGCUGAAGUCACAGAAAAGCAAAGAGGCCCAGGAAACUGCCACCGCGCUCGCCAUUCAGGAGCGCCUCGGCCGCACAAAGCUGGGCAGCGAGUCCAUCUUCGACGAGAAGAACGAUGUCGAGGCCGCAGGCACCCCCGCCAAGGCCUCCAACAGCGGCGAUGUAGACGUUCGCAAGCCCGGGACGAUCCCUGGGCUGGUCAAAACGCACGAGGCCAUGUGCCGCAGCACAACUCCGGACCCGCGAGGUAACAUGCGCUUCACGCGCAAGAUGGUGACGCGCUACGUGAGCCGGGCUCUGGACCCCGAAGGCCGGGAGACCAAGGCCGAGCGGCUGGCGCGCACAGAGCGGACCCUGACUUACCGGGGUCCCGUAUGGCGCCUGCCCCCCAAGAAGCACGUCAAGCUGGCCCGCCAAAUCGCCGGCAGGACGGUCGACGACGCCAUGAUCCAGAUGCGCUUCUCCAAGAAGAAGUUCUCCCGGGACAUUGGCAUCACGCUCGACGCCGCCAGGGACGAGGCCGCCGUCGUGGCUGGCAUGGGACUCAAGGCGCCGGCAGAUGAGAAGUUCAAGGCCGAGAAGAUUCAGCUCAAGAACGGCCAGUGGGUCACCAUCACCGACCCCAACAAGCUGUACAUUGAGCAGGCCUGGGUCAACAACGGAAGGAAGGUCUUUGCCGGCUUCGUGUAUCCGGCCAGGAGGGGUCACAUUCCCAAGUGGUCAAUCCCUACCAACUUGAACCUUGUUCUCAAAGAGCAAAGGACACUUAUCAGGCAGUACAAGGAGAGGAAGACCAAGGAGGACGCACGCAAGCCCUGGGUCCAUCUGCCCAACAGGCCGGUAACAGCUCAGAGGCAACACUACUCGUGGUAAACGAAGCCUUUGACCCAAGACAACCCACAUCCCGGCUGCUUCUUAAUACCCUUACUCUCCUGUUUCUGUCGCGAACAUCUGUACAAAAGGUUUCAUGGGUUAUAUUGGCAUUGCUGCCAAAAGAUGAAAUGUACUUGUAAAACUAAAAGUCAAUCAAUUGUAAAGGCCUGUUGAUAGGCCUUUCGUAGAUCGAUCGAUCAACAAAACGUUGUUAUUGGGUAAAAGGUAAUAUAUUCUUGUCUAACGACUAAUCUAUCUACGCUCGAACUUUUAAUCGUUUUUCUCCUUUUAUACCCG